UCUCAUGCAGAGGGAGGAUCCAGGAGCGCUGCCAGCUGUGACAGAAGCAGCGCUCCACUGACACACAGCAGCAGCAGCAGCAGCAGCAGCGAGUUCAGCAGCGAGACACGCAGGAAGAAAAGUGACCACAUUCGAACUCUCAGUCGACAUGCCUCAGUAUUCAGACCUGGAGACGGCCAUCAACACGCUGGUCACCCAGUUCCACUCGGCUUCUGCUGACAAUAGUCCAACGCUGAAAACGGAUGAAUUCAAAGGUCUUUUGUCCUCCCAAAUGCCCAACAUGGUCCAGGGGAUCGGCACAGAUCAGGGACUGAGUGAGAUCCUGCGGAAGAUGGGUGUAGCUGACGGCGAGGGCAUCUCUUUCAAUAAUUUCUGGAAGUUAAUCCAGUCAGUAGCCACCUCGCAGUACGGCCUCCUCAGCAGCCAGAAGGGUUCCUCAUGCAGCUGCAUCCUCCUGUGAAGAGCAGGCUCUCAGCCCAACCCAACAGCAAGCUCCGUCUCCACCCUGGAAGUUAACUAAACAGAGUAACAACGUAACAUCACUAGCCUCAUCCGGUGUCGGACAGAAUACAAAAGUGCGAGGUCUAGUCUGCACCCAGCAAGCUGUUCCCAACAUUUAUGCUGUUACAGUUUUUAGAUGCCGUGAUCUCUAUCUGGCAGGUUUCCACAUCACUCUUCCACCAGUAUAAUGCCCAGCAUCCUUUGCACCAGUUAAAGUUCAAAUUCAGGUUAGUUUUAUAAUUUUAUAAUUUUUAUAAUUAGUUUGCGUUUAAAUUCUCACAUCGUCAAAGUAUUCACAUUUCUAUAUUUUUUAAAGGUUUUAAGAAUCAAACUACAAUUUAAUGUAGCUUACAAAAAAUAAUCAUCCUCGUCCUUAGCAGUGGAUAACAUCUGUUUGUAGCCAUUUGUUGACCAUGAUUAAGUCAUUUGCAGUCAGAUGUUUUAUUUAAUAUACUAGUUCCUGUUACUGGACAGGACCAUCUGAUCUUGGCUAGCAUGUGUUGAGCCACAGACUUUUAGCUGCCCUUAUCUGUUGUAAUAGUUAAAAUACACCCUUUUGUUAUGUUGUCCCCAGAUCCCAACAUUUCCUCCCAGAUCAAACUCAGAAGCUAGCUGUGGUGAGGUUUAAAACAUCACCUUGGAGGAGAUUUGGGGAGUGGAGGUGCUGAUAACAAAACCAGGGAGAAUAAGGAGAAGUCUCUAUGACGCAGCAAAAAAAAAAACAAAGAUUCACCAAUAAACUGAGCUCCAGUAUAGGCAUCAACUUUACACUUAACACACAUUAGGUCCUAGGUGAUCCAUAGAAAGAUAGUUUAGUAUGCUUCAAAGGAAGUGCUUGUUGGAUCAUUGAACAUCCCUCUCACACACACACACGCACAUCUAUUUGGGAGGGGGCUGUGUCCGAAAAUGUUUACUUUCCAAAACUGACAAUCUCAGAAUCACCUUCCCAUGAAAAGCUGUCACUUCUCACGUGAACAGCCCAGUGCAACGUUCUGAAUGUCUUCCAGUGGGCAUCCAGAACAGCUACAAACACUUCUGCCUUCAGACGUGGUCAGACUACAUGUUGCACAAACUAAUUACACAUAUUGAACCUUUCAGACACUACUAGACAAUCCAACAAGCACUUUGUUUGUAGAAUUUUAAAUUUAACCGGUGCAAAAGGCGCUGGCCAUUAUCUCAGGCAUAGUCAUUAAUAUAUUCAUAUUCUCUCAUAAGCACCAAUUUAAGUUUCUUUACCGUGUAUCAUAGUGUUUCAUGGUGCCUUCAAACGAGUUGUGUUUUGACAGACAGUUUUCAAAAUGGUGUACAAUCAAUUUUCUCACUUGUCUGGCAGUGGUCAUCUCACUAGUUAACCACAUUAAUGGCAAUCAUGUAGUUUAUAUACAGUGAAAUAGUGUAGUCAGUUUUGCAUGUCAAAAAUGCAAACUCAUAAGUAACUCAUUCGUAAGUAACUCAUUCAGAAGACACAGCAGUAUGAGGGUAUGUAUCAGAGUUGAGGCCAGAUUAUUAGAAAUACUGAGGAAGAGUGACAGUUUACCUUUCAGAGGCUUUCAAACAUUUAAAUAGAAAUACUUUCUUCCUUUGUGCAGAACUGACUCAUCAAUUAUUACUGCAAUUCUCAAUUCACAGUGUAUGUUAUUGUGUUGGCAACGGCUGUUUACAUAGUAACUUCAAGUGGUAAUUUGUCUGAAUCUUUAAGUAUAUGAUAAGAAUCAUCUCAAUUUAACCUUGUGUCAGUAACAAAGCACAAAAUACAUGCUUUAUAGUCCAUUUUAUACGUUUCUACUAGUAAUGCUUUCCCUCUGUGAUCCUGCAUUUUCUAUGUAUUUAUGUUUUGAAGUUCUCUGUAUUCUGACCAGUGUGACACCGUAAGAAAAAUGAUGUAAUAAACAUACAAAGAAAUUA